AUGGCGCAGACUAGCAUCACGACAAUGUCGAUGCCGACAAGCGCUCUGGCUACCACCGACGGGCUGCUUGAGAUGAAAGAGUACCAUAGGAUUGUAAAGUUUCGCGACGAUAUUCUGUCCGGCCAUCAUCCUCGUAUCAAGAUCCCAGCACCCGCCGGCGGUGCGAAAGCUGCUCAAGGUACCCAACAGCCUACGGCACAAAACUCUGCCAGCGCAACUACAAGCUCGCGGAACGAGCAAAAUGUUUUUGUUUCCAGCAAUUUAAAAUCGUUCAAGGCAAAUUCACAGCAGCCGGCUAUUGUUGUACCAGUUACCAAGCCAUCUGAUACUGCGCCAAGGCCAUUGCCUUCGAGCAAAACUCAGAUCGACCCAUUAUUAUUGACCAAGUCAGAUGAGCUUAUUAAGGCUGAGCUGCAUUUGCAGAGGCAGCGCUUGGAGAGGUCUCUGAGAGAAGAAAUAGAAGCACAACGUGCUGCGAGUAAAUCCAACGAGCAGGCGGCAGAUCUUGACCUGUCCGACAUUCUCGCCAAAGCCCUCACACUUGUGCAGGCGACUGCUCCACCGCUAACAGAGACCGACUUGGUUGCUAAUGCUCCUUCUGUAUCAAGUGAUUCAUUCGACGACAACACUUUUUACUCGAGCCAGCAUGAUACGCCCGAGCCCGAACCCCGUCCUCAAGCUCAAGCCCCGACGGCAGGAGUACCUGUGCAAAAUGCUACGUCUGUUCAAACUCGAGCCGAUGUUUCCGAGCCAAAGGCUACUCACGACCACACACUGGUUCCAUCGCCCUUCUUGUCCAGAGCCGAGCAACCCCACAUGUCUGGUGCCCCAAAGGCAGGUAAUGGAACAUACACCGGCCCAAACACAUUGCUUCAAGACACGUCCAACGCCCACGACUCGAGAUAUUCUCCCACUUACGACAUCGACACUGUCAGCUUGGGGCUGCGCCCCGGCGCAGACGAGCUCCAUGCACAGGUCAUCAGUUCUAAUGGCAGUGGCACUACCAGUAGAUCGGGCAACUCUGGGGAUGCAGACCUCGAGCGCCGUGCUGAUUACAACAGGCUCCAAGCUACCCUUCCUCCCCCUCAGAAUAACAGAUAUGGCUUUGGGGAACCUCUGGUGCGCGCUCACGAUCUCUCUCCUUACGCACCUCAGCCAUCGCAUGUGUCGCCUCUCGCUCUGGCCCGUCACCAGCAGUCUGCUGUUGAACCAGAAAUUAGCAUCCUACAAGGGGCGCCUGCUCCUGUUGCAGCUUUGCGAUUAGAACAAGGAAAUGGAACCAGCCCAGAAAGCUCCCCGCAGGGUGAGAAGGGAGGCAAGAAAAAGAACAAAAAGAAGAAUAAACGCAAGGCUGCUGAGACACGAUCCACAGACCGUCCAGUCUCUCCAAUCAUCAAACCUGAGCCUAGGUCGCCUUCCCCCCUGACCUCGCCUCAGUUUGCGAGACCACAGAAACGUCAACGGCCCCUUGCCCAAACUCAGGCUGCACUUGACUAUGACGACAACUCUCGCAACGCUCAACCUGUGCCUGUAAGAGUGAUUGAAGAUGUUUCCGCCCAUCCUAGGGAGUACGAGAGCGUAUACAACCCUUAUCCUACCGAGGUGCGUUAUUCUGCAGUUCCUGGCAGUCAAUGGGUCGACCGUCCAGUGUAUGAAGAGCGGCGGCCUGAAAGUCGUGUGCAAUACAUCCGGCGGGCGCAAUCCCCUACCUAUGCCUCUCCACAUGGUGCUGGCGAGGUUCGACCAAUGCGCUCGGCAACCUAUUCAAUGGCAGAGCCUGUAUAUCGGGAACCAUCAGCGUUUCGACGUGAAGGGCGCAUGAGUGUGCGACCAGUUGUUGAUCGGGCACGGUCUCGUUCCCCAAUCAUGGUGGAAGCCCGCCAGUCUGGAAUGGCACCGCCGCGACCUCCCACGCAUAUCUUUCGUGAUGAGUUUGGCCGUGAGUACAUGGAACCCCCUCGUCCUCCGCCAUCAGUAUCGCGGUACUCUGCGGCACCGCCCAGCAGAUUGGCUGAAGCCGAUAUCAUCUAUGAGCAAGCACCUCUCCGUUCUUCGACACGCAUGCCGGGCCCCGACACUUUUGAACGAGAUGGAGUCCUUUACAGACGUGCUUCGCCCCUUCAAGCAGCGCGUCGCAUCAUCACACAGCCUGAAUAUGGUGUCCCAGACUAUCGCGAGUAUAGGCAGCGAGAAUACUCGGCGCGCCCGGCACCAACGCCGUCAGCACCGCAGGAGCUUCUGCAUUAUCGGAGCGAGGGCCGAGCGCAACAGGAGUUUGUGCCAGAAUAUGGCAUUAGAGCCUCCACUGUUCGUCCUCCUGAGCAAAAUCGAUAUGAAUAUCCAGCUAGGGUAGCCAGUGUUCGGCCAGAUGCGGCUGUUCGGGACUACGCCACAAGUACACAUCCCGAGGUUCGGCGCGAGGUGCCCAUUCCUGUGUAUCGGGAGUAUAGUAGCAGACCGGCUUUUGAGCAGGAGCCGCCUCGCCGCGAAUAUAGUGUGCGGCCUGUAGAGCGGUAUUAUGAAAACCGUCCAGUAUUGAGGGAAGAUGAGAUGCAGUACAUCGAUCAGCCGCGUACUGUGCAGCGAGAAAUUAUUUAUGAAGAUGGUCUCAGGGAAGUCUACCGAUGA